UGCCAAGCUCCUAGAAGGUGUGUACGAAGAAUACGACAUCCUUCACAAAUUGACGGCAACGGUGACGGACAACGGAAGCAAUUUUGUGAAAGCAUUUCGUCUCUAUGGAUCCUCGUCUCUCCACUCCACCAUCGAGAGAUCCACUUCGACUCAAAAUCAAAAUGCGCCUCUAAGGGCAGCUUCAUUGGACGUUUUGAACGCGUCCACCUCUAGGACGACUCUGCAGCCAGUAAAUGUCAGGUCAAACAGGAUGGUGACCGGAGAAGACAACAUCGCCGCUCUUCUAGAAGAUGAGCUUUCUGAUUUUGAAGAGACCGAUGAUGAGAUCGAUUCGUUAUCUGAUCAUGACCAUGAUAAGGAAAAGGAGGAUCAAGGAGAAUCUGCAACGGAGCAAGAGAGUGAAUCCGAAAUUCAAGAAAAUACUGAUGCUGACAUGAAUCCAAUUUCCUUAACGGCAAUCCUAAAUAGUGGUAUUGACGCAACCAACAUUUACAUCCUACCACCUCAUCGUCGGUGUGCAUGCCACACAUUAAACCUGAUUUGCAAGUGUGACAUCUAUAAGGAUCUAGAACCGGCUCUCAAGAACCUAAUGGAGGCAACCGAUAAGAAACUGACUGCUAUCUGGAAUAAGCAAAAUCGAAGCUCUAAGGCUUCUGACACGAUCAUAGAGAGCCUUGGGAUGCUCUUUAUCAUUCAUAAUGAAACUCGUUGGAAUUCUUAUUUCAAUGCCAUGCAACGAGGCCAAAUACUUCGUCACAAAGAAAAGGACCGAACUUAA